AUGGUUUCAAGCCUGCUGCACGCGGCCUUCCUAGGCCUGGCCGCUGCCCCCGUCGCAGCCAGUAGCCCCCCGGCUCCCACAGUAGUGGCACACGGCGACGUGACGUACCGCGGCACGACGACGGGCACAGUCGAGCACUUCCUCAACAUCCGCUUCGCGCACGACACGUCCGGGCCCCGGCGCUUCGCCCCGCCCGAGCCCUACACACCGCCGGCCGGCAGCGAAGUCGACGCGACGCGGCCGGGCCCCGCGUGCGCGCAGACCCAGGGCGGGCUGCCGCCCUUCUUCGACGCCACGCCCGACAUCAGCGAGGACUGCCUGACGGUGCGCAUCGCUCGGCCGGCCGGCACGGCGCCCGGCGCGCGCCUGCCCGUAGUCGUCCACGUCGUCGAGGGUGGCGUCAUCAAGGGCUGGGCCUACGACCCGCACGCCGACCCGGAGCCGCUGGUCGCCCUGGCCGCUGAGCUGGGCAAGCCCGUCAUGUACGUGGCGCUGCAGUCGCGGCUGACCAUGUUCGGCUUCGCGCGGCUGCCGCUGCUGAGGGACCGGCAGUCGCUCAACGCGGGGAUGCGCGACCAGCGCGCGGGCAUGGAGUGGGUGCGCGACAACAUCGCGGCGUUCGGCGGCGACCCGCAGCGCAUCACCGCGUGGGGGCUCAGCGCCGCCGGCACCAUGACGGCGCUGCAGCUGGUGGCGUACGGCGGGUGCAAAGGCGUGCCGUUCACGCAGGUGUGGACCAUGUCGGGCCCGCCGGGCACCGCGCUGAACAUGUCGAGCGACGCCACUGAGGCGCACACGCGCGCUGUGGCCGAGAAGCUGGGCUGUGCGCACGGCGGCGACGAGAGCACGCUCGCGUGUCUGCGGCAGCUGCCCAUGGAACAGCUGCUGGACGCCGCCGUCGCCUACUCGGUCGAGAACCACCCUCCCAUGGGCCUCUUCACGUUCAUCCCGUCGGUGGACGGCGAUUUCUUCCCCGACCGCACGUCGACGCUGUAUAGGAGCGGCAGGUUCGCCAAAGGCAUCCCCACGGUCCUGAGCUGGACGCACGACGACGGCGCCACGCAAGCAGGGCCGGCGUCCAUGUUCCAGAGCGAAGACGACAUGAAAUCGCGGAUCCAGGCAUUCGCGCACGCGCUGACAGACGACGACCACGCGGAACUGUUCGCGCUGUACGCGGCAGCAGACUUUGCGCCCGAGGCCGCCGCAUACGCCUCCAGCAAGCAGGCUUCCGACCCAGACGUGCCGAUCCACUGGUUCCGCAUCUCACGGCUGCUGCGCGACCUGCUGUUCACGUGCUCGUCGCUCGACCUGGGGCACGAGAUGGCGCGGCAGUCGCCCGUGUCCGACUGGGUGCGCACGUACAGCCUCAACCAGACCAUGCUGACGCCGUUGUUUCGUGCUGCUGGCAUGCCGUACCUCGGCACGCCGCACGGCAGCGACAUGAACUACGUGAUGGCGGGCGUGGCGCCCGAAAUUCCCGACGUAUCCGCGGCCGACGCGCAGCUGGCGCGCGACAUGGUCGGCGCGUUCGCGCAGUUCGCAUACACGGGUAGUCCUGAGACCGCUGGCGGCGAGAGUGGGCUGGGGGCCUGGCCGCCGGCGUUCCCUGGGGCCAAGGAGGGCGAGGAGCUCGCGAGCGUGGUCGUGCAGGUUGUGGGCGGGCCGCUGGGGACGGGGCCCGCGCUGGUGCAGCACGCUGGAGACGGGCACGAAAGGGUCCCUGACGACGACGGCAUGCAGGUGCCACUGGCGGGCGGGAUCGAGUUUGGAGACGUGUCUGCCGUGCGCAGGCGCGAGCUGGGCCGCCAGAAGCUGUUCCAGCGGUGCGCGUUCAUCAACUCGCUGGCGGAGAAGCUGGGCCACUGA